AUGGCCAGUAGAAAACGAAGCUUGUCAAAUGGUGCAGAUGUUUCUGCUCUGUACAAGGAAUUGGAUGAAGCUUCAUGUCCCAUAUGCAUGGACCACCCACAUAAUGCGGUUCUUCUCAUUUGCAGUUCCCAUGAUAAGGGAUGUCGAUCAUACAUAUGUGACACUAGUUAUAGGCAUUCAAAUUGCUUAGACCGAUUCAGAAAGCUCAGAGAAGAAAACAAGGACAGCUUGGACUCAAUAACUUCUGGUGACUUGACUGUGGAGGCGGGGGAGGAUACAAAUCACAUUCAGAUUGUAAGUAACACUACAGCAACCAUGGGUCUGCCUGGAGGAUCAGGAAGCACUCAAGAUGCAAAUUCUAACUUUGAAGAACAAGAAGGAACAUUAUGGGGUAGGCUUGAUCUUGGGGAAACUGACAUGGAGAAAUCAGAACCUAUAUCAAAUUUGAGUUGCCCUUUAUGUCGUGGGAGUGUUUUGGGCUGGAAAGUUGUAGAAGAGGCCAGAAAGUACCUCAACCUGAAGUCUCGAAGUUGCUCUCGUGAAUCUUGCUCGUUCCUUGGCAACUAUAGGGAGUUACGCCGGCAUGCUAGAAGAGUUCAUCCAUCCAUCCGUCCUGCGGAUGUUGACCCAACAAGACAACAAGCUUGGCGGCGCCUUGAAGACCAAAGAGAAUACAGUGAUAUUGUUAGUGCCAUUCGCUCAGCCAUUCCAGGCGCAGUAGUACUCGGUGACUAUGUAAUUGAGAAUGGAGAUAGGGUAUCAGGGGAAAGGGAAAGAGGUGGAGGUGAAGGUGGCCGGUGGUUAAGCACCUUCUUCUUGUUUCAGAUGAUUAGCUCAAUGGAACCAGGAGGGGAGCUAAGGGGUGGCAGGUCAAGAGCUUUUUCAAGGCAUAGGCGCCCGACUGGAACCUUUUCUAGGCGCCGUUAUUUGUGGGGUGAGAAUUUAUUGGGCCUCCAAGAUGAGGAUGAGGAUGAUGAUGGUGAUGGCGAUGAUGAACCGGACCCAAACAUAUUAGGCAAUAUUGAUGAAGAUGUUAUUGGCAGAAGGAUUUGGUUCCCUCUUGAUAACGAGCCAGGAAUGAAGUUUCUGAAAUUCAUCAACUGA